AUGCCUUUCCGCAGCAGGGACAGGGAAGCAGCCCAGCUUUUGCCUGCUCCAGCUCCCCAAACAGAGGCCUUACAGGACUCAGAUGUGUUUGAGAAGGCUCAGCAUGACCUUCAGAGGCCAAGUUGCCCUCGAUGCGGCCUCCCAGUCCCUGAAAACAAACUGAAAUCUGCCUCACCGAUUCUUAGCCGACCGCAGAGCUCAGGGGUGUCAGUCCUCAGCGGCCACAAAGGCGGCGACAGGAGUCGGAGCAAGAGAAGUAGGGCUGGAUCGCACCAACCUGCUCCUACACCUACAGACUCUUGCCUUCGGCUGCUGCUGGCCUGCCUGUGGUGUCAGUUCUCUGUGGUGCUCCUGGGUCUGCUGGAGGCCUGCUCCUGCUGCCUUCAGGGCCUCUGCUCCUCCUGCUGCCACGCCUGCGCCCGCUGCUGCUCGGUCAUCCAGGACUCGCCCGGUGAGGAGCUCGGCUGCCCCGCCCACUGCCACUCGGUGCUGUUCAAGUCCUGCUGUGAGCCCAUCGAGUGUCUGGAGUUCUGUCUGGACUGCUGCGAGAUCUGCCACCGCAGCUAAGCCAGCAGGCUGUUAGUCCUUGCGAUGGGAUGCACAAUGUUGGAAACUACAUUUAGAGGACACAUUUUUUGCACUCAUCUUGAGUGAAUGAAAGCCUUUUUUUCUCUAAAAAAAGGACAUUAAAAUGGCUCUGAUUACACAGUGCCAUGCAAAUUCAACACUAUACUUCGUGCUGGUCUGUCACAUAAAAUCCAAAUAAAAUACAUCAAUGUUUGUGGUUGAAAUGGGAGAAAAUUUGAAAAAGUUCAAAGGGUAUGAAAACAUGUGCAAGGAAAUGUACCAUAGACUGAUGGUGAUACACGGUCCAUAUGUGUGGGUGCUGCAUCUGUUGCAAUACAGUGAAGGGAGACUUGUGCUGAGGGCAAAGGUUAGAACAAAUUGAGGUUGACAAGUGGAACAAACCUGGGCGCUUAUUUCAUGCUGCCUGUACAGCAAGCUCUAAAUUAGAUACUGCCGCUGUCUGUUGUCCCCAGCGGAACCCAAAUGCAUUGUGGGCAAAAGCGAUGCCUAAAGCGAUGCUCUAACAUGAUUUAAAUGAGCCUCUUUGCUCUCCCGGACGGACUGACAGCGUUGUCUUUAUUGGCACUUAGAUUUAUUUUUGGUUGUUUACUCUGCUUCUACGCUGUCAUCUCGCUCCGCAGCUUUCAAUGAAGCCCUCUCAGAUCUUCUGAUAUCUAGCGGCAAUAAGCAUCUUCUUUAUAUUUAAAAUGCCUUAUUUGACAAAUAUGAAAAGGGAUUAAAGUGAGAGAAGACAAG